UUCCACAACGGGGUCGAUGACUUUUGACCACUUCGUGCGGCGUAACGACUACAGUGGUCGACGCUUGUUAGUGUGGGACGAUGCCGACAAAUUGUCGAAGUUGCCGCCACAAAUUCUCUCGUUUUCUAACGCACUGCAUGUGCUCGUAACGACGUCGUCCUUUCCGCACACGUGCACAGCUACGGGACUCGAGACCUACAAUGUAGUGCUUAAACAGAAGUGCAUCACGACUGCCGUUGGCAGUCUCACUGAUAUUAUCGAAGGGGGGAGAGAAAAACCGGCUAACGACGCUCUCACUGAGGAUACGAUUGUUUGCUCCAGGCAAUCGUUUGUUGAUGCGAAGAGCAGCAGAGUGAACCCAUAUUCGUCUAGUGUAGACAACGCGUGUAAAGAAUUGUGUCUCGACGGAUACCUCAGACCGUCAAUAACGGUACCUGCUGAACAAACACAGACAUGCUGUGGAGACUCGUCUUGGCAUAUGGAGCAGUUUCGCGGGGCUGCAGCGGCUCCGUGUCGACCUAACGAGAGAGGCGAGCCAUCGACCUUCAGCCGCUCUUUCGUUCAAAGAGGAGACCGGACGGACGGCCAAUCGGUCGCGACCGCCACUCUGUUGUCGAGACGUGAUAUUCCGCCGUCUAAAGACUACGUGCGAGGAUCGAAUAUAACCAGCGACGUUCACUUACAGCUCUCGGUAUCGAUAAUCGGCAAAAUAUUUAGCAACUGUCCGGAAGGAUUGCCCGUUUUGAGCGACAUUCGAGGCGAACAGGACAGUCAUCUGGCUGUUAACGUUAUCGGAGAAGGUAAUUGGGAUGUCAGUGGAUCAGUAUACGGGAUUGUGACCACGUGGUACCAAUUGGCCGUAAACGAGGAACUGACGCAAAGGAGUGCUCGCGAUUUGCGAAAACUCUCCGACGAUAAGCCGUCGACGCUCCCUCAGCAAGAACGUGUCAUUGUACAAGUUCGAAGAUUCGGCCGUCUAGACGGGCAACUCGCCUGUCAUCCGCUUUUGACGCGCCUCGUUCUUAACGUCGUCGUAAUGGACGUCGACGCGACACUGUCAGGUGAUUGUAACGGUUAUCAAAGCUUAUGUAGUUUAGCCUCGCUGCUUGUCGCUAAGGGCCCGCCGGAAGAUUCACCAAACGCUUAUGGUAACGGCAUUCCUCUCUUGGUCAUCGGCUUAAUUACUGACGACAUGACUGAACCGCACAAGACCGACUUUGAGGUUGGUAUUGCAAGCGCUCUAAAUAGAAUUCAGUGUCGCUUAAGGCCUGCGUCGUCGUCACGUUUUUGCUUUUACGUCAACAAAAGCACGGGUGAGGAACAUCAGGACGACGACGAUGUUUACAGUAUACGCUCUAGGCUGCGUGCUUAUGCGCAAAGCUGGAAAACGUCCGGAAGUGUUAAUGAACGCGAACUAGCUUUGUUGAAGCGGAGACAGAAGGAAGUCGCAACGGAAGCCAGCAAUUUUAUAGAGACUCAACGCGCACGUAUUUCUAAGUCGGAUGUCGACAAACAGCUGAAAUACUUCCACGAAAAGGGAGUACUCUUCUAUCCUCUCGGUUUGGAUGCAAGUCACAUUGUGUUUAAUCUUGACUGGAUGUGUAAGAGCAUCGACUCGUGUAUUUGCACUCGUCCGGCCUUCAUUCCACCCGAGUUUCUCUCGGAUCUGGCUAGUUUGAAAAAGGACGGUUUGACAAAACGGAGUCUCAUUGAGUUAAUGAUUCAGCAGGAGAGCGACGACCGACUAACAAGCACGUUGAUUUCCAUGAUGAAUUAUUGUGGCAUCUGCUUGCUCUUGGAAAGCCAAUCAAACAGAUUAACACAACCAGUCUACGUCGACAUCGCCACAAAAACACCAAAUCGACUCAUGGGUACUCUACCGUCUGCGGUCGUUCCAGACUUAAUGCCUUCGUCUCUAGAUGAUUACAUGAAAUCGGGAAGCAACCGCGUCACACCGAUCGCAAUUCGAAGCAAAUUGGGAAUCGAAAUUCCCUACAGUCUAUUCUGUAAACUUUCCUACGAGUUGAUGCGCCGCUUUCCGAUCGGUUGGCGACUGUCGAAGUAUCGAUCGCGAUUUUGUGUCCAACCGGGUUACACUCUCGAUGUCGUAUACAAACGUUCCUACGUCAUUCUGAGUAUGGACGUUCGUGGUAGCAACACGAUCGCGUCGUCAUUGACGAGCACGGUGUGCGACGAAGUGAGGCAAUUUACACUCGACACUUUGGGAUCUUUACAGCAACACGACGGCAUGAAUGGCUUGAAAUUCGAUUUGGUCGGCGCGAUUUGCGACGAGAACGACGACGCGUUCGACCGCUGCGACUUCGUGUCCGGAAUGACUACGUCGUUGUCUCUCGACGACAUGUCUCUUGUUUUCAACGACAGAGGACAAGAUCUAGAACCACCGAAGAUGCUGUUUGCGUGGCUCGGCGUCGGUCGACAGGACUCGAUGGGUGGAUUGUCGAUGUUGGAGGCUUCUAUUUCGACUCGAACGCAGCAAGAACAGAAAGUGUUGAACUCUGCUGGGGUUAACUGGAAUGUGGCAAGGCAAGAACAGUCGUUUGCAAGUGUAGAGACGGACCUCGACCGUUCUACUCUAGUCCCGAAUCCAUCCAUGUCGGUUCUAAGCCCCAACGCUACUGCCGAUGCGACGGCUAAUACGCCGUGGGUGAAACCGCUCAACGUUCCGUCGCUAUUACAAUACAGUUCUACUUCUGGUUUCGAGACCGGGCGUAGUGCCUCGCGUAGGACGCCCGUCGUCCGCGCUUCUGAGCCGUCUGUGGCGACUCUUGGAAGGGAAUCGGCUCGACCGCGGGAGGUGAUAGAGUCAGAACUGCUCAACGUUCCGUCGCCAUUACAAGACAGUUCUACUUCUGGUUUCGAGAGCGGGCGUAGUGCCUCGCGUAGGGAGUCGGCUCGACCGCGGGAGGUGAUAGAUGUGUCACCGGCGGCACCGCUUGGGAAGGGUGAGAGACGAAGGGAGGAAAAUGUGUUGGUUCGUUCUUCGCUGUCUGGUAACGCUACACAUGGUCGGACAACAUCGGGGCCAGCUAACUGGGAAUCGUCUACUGAAGGGAAACGUGAACCGGAGAUUCACCCUAUUUUCGAGUCGAAAUAUUAUCACAUCGAGAGGUCGACCGAUUGCUUCAACGACCGUCCUAGGAAGGAAGGCGGAAGGCGCCUAGGCUCCGGAUCAUUCGGAACCGUCUACUACGGUGUCCUACACUCGGAGACCGGAGACAAAUUCGAUGUGGCAAUAAAGCGCUUGAAGAAAGCGUCGAGCCUCAAUCCCGCGCAAGUCGAGUUGAGCAGGAAACAGUUCAGCACAGAGAUGAACAUCUUGACGAGAUACGUUCACAAGAACAUCGUCCAAUUGAUCGGGUUCUCGAGCGACGGUCCCGAGCUCUGUUUGAUUUAUGAAUUCAUGCAGCACGGUGCGCUGUCACAUCGCCUGGACUGCAAGGACGGCACGCGCGCGUUAGAUUGGACGGUCCGCCUGUCCAUUGCCGCCAACAUCGCCGAGGGUAUCGACUUCUUGCACAACUUCUACCGUCAGGCAGUGAUACACAGGGAUGUGAAGUCGUCCAACGUGCUCGUCGGUGUGCAUUUCGAGGCGAAGCUGUCGGACUUCGGCCUGGCAGUUCUCGCCGGAGACAUCGACCAGAAUUCCCCGUUCCCCGGACCGUCGGUCGGGACCAGACCCUAUAUGCCCAGGGAAGCACUGCAAGGGCAUAUCAGCACGAAAAUGGACGUCUACGGUUACGGCAUGAUUCUGUACGAGUUGGCUACGGGUCUGCCGCCGUACUCUAGCAAGAAAAAGUUGGACCUGAAGUCCUAUAUUGAUAGUAUUCAAGUGCAGCGCGUCGACAUGUUGAAGAUGCUCGACCCGAAGGCUAGAUUCCCGAAGGGCCCGGAUGAUAGACAGGGUCUGGAACUCUUGGAGAUUGCCAGACGGGCAACGACGGAAGAGCACGCAAGUCGGCCGACAAUCGAGACGCUUCUGAUUGACGCACAGCGUCUCGCCGACAGCGCCAAGCGCUGGAAAUAGUGUGAAGAGGUUAUUUUAAAAAAUGUUGUUAGAUACACAAAUUGCGAUGGUUUUGUCCACAAGAAUUUGGAGAGAUGGGAGAACUAAAAAUGAAAACUUUAUACAACCGGACAUGAUCAUUUGACAACAUUGUUCUUGUUGAUGCCUCUGGAUUGGACUAAAUUUGUUUUCGAGUUUUGAUCAGUGAGCGUUGGCCUUACAAUUUCGGAGAGGAUCUUAAAAGACUGAAUUACAGCUGCUCGUUUGGAGGUGCAUGAAUAAAGUAUGGCGCACUGCCCGCUUUAGAAAUUUGACGUGACCUCACUGGGCAAGUGCAACCCAUUCAACAAGUGUAAAGCAAUGAAGCCUGUCUCAAAACUCGAGAGUUGAAGGUCGUUGUAUCGAUGAAGUCUUCUUUUUCUUUGCUUAUGACUUCUCGGAUACAGUCUCUAGCUUUGAAAUGUGAGAAGGCAAGUUGGAUGUGUAACCUAAUUAGUUAUAAUUGACGCCAAAAAUCGACUACUGUGGAACGUUGCUGUGGCAUGUUUUGUCAACAGAAUAAUGGACCAAUGCUCUUUUAGAGCUGGUAGCAUGCACAGACGUGCUUGGUCGGUGUGGAAGAGAAUGGGGAUGAUGACCGUGCUCACUGCUUCUCUGAUUAGUGAACAAGCAGAAAUUCGAGUGAUGUAUUUAUUGUACAUGUUGUAUUGUAUUAGUUUAUUUAAUAGGUAUAUGAAAGCUUUGUAUAUAGAGUAUACAUGUGUUUUGAAAACAACUUUUUCCUAGACA